GCCAACAAAUGAAGUAAUUAGGCCUAAAACGAGGCAUCUUAAACGGUCCACACUUGCUUCGCGGUGAUUGGCAGCUCUGAUGUUGGCUCCAGGAGGAAGACACAUGCCCGGAAGGCGAUAAGGCUUCUCAGAAACUUAAUUGCAGCAGUCUGUUGUGUGGAUUUGAGGACUACAAAGCAUUAAGGGACUCGUGUAAGCGUCUGAGAGCGACAUUGUAAAGCGUCUCCGGGAGGAGAAGUGGUGCUGGUUGCCGGUUUGCUGACGCCGACAACAACAACAACCGCCAUGUUCAGCAGGUUCAAAACGUUUCUGAGGGGUCCGGAGCCUCCCCCCGAGCAAGCUGAGGCCACACCUCCUACCCCACCUCCACCUGCCAAGGAAGAAAAGCCCCCUGAAAAGAAGGACGACAAAGAGCAGCCGAAGACAGAAGACGAAAAGAAAGACGAGAAGACGGAAGACAAAAAAGAAAAGACAGAAGAAGAGGUGAAGAAAGAAGAACCGCAGAAAGAGGAACCAAAAGCAGCUGCUGCUGCUGCUGCUGCUCCUGCUCCAGCUGCUGCUGCUGCUCCAGCUGCCGCUCCUGCUCCAGCUGCUGCUCCUGCUGUCACUCCAGAUGGAGCUGAAGGUGAUGCGCCCCCCCCUCCUCCUCCACCUGUUGUCUACUUCCGCGGAAUCGAUGACGCGCUCAGAGACAAAAUCAAGACGCUGAGGGAGCGGCAGGAGACCCUCAAGGAGAAAGCCAUAGACCCUUAUGCCACCUCGCCAGAAAUCACCCCACCUGUCACACCUAUUCUGAAGAAGGAAGACUACAUCAGACUGAAGGAAGAGGAGCGAAUUGCAAAAGAAGAAGCGGAUAAAAAGAAGGCGGAGGAAUCCGCCAAGAAGGCAGAGGAGAAAAAGAAAAAGGACGAGGAGAAAAGGCUGGAGGCAGAGAAGGCAGCGGAGGAGGAGAGGCUGGCGGAGGAGGCUAAGAAGAAAGCCAAGAUCCUGCCGGACAUCAGCUGCUCCUUCGUCGACGUCCUCUUCCGUCCCAUCGAGCGACUCAUGGACAGCGCACUGGGACAAACCCUGGAUCCUCUAGAUCGGCGCUACAUUGCCUGGUUGUCCCUGGUGGCGUUGGCCUACAACUACAACGUUUGGUUUUGCACUGCGCGGAUGGUUUUCCCUUUCCACAACGAAACCACCAACCCCUUCUGGAUCGCUUUUGACGUUCUUAGUGAUGCAGUGAAUAUUAUUGACAUCAUGGUUUGGCAGCCCCGGCUACAGUUUGUCAAAGCUGGAGACGUUAUUAAAAGCGGACCUAUGGCUAAAGUAUAUUAUCGGAAAUCCCAACGAUUUAAGAUCGAUAUCAUCAGCGUCCUGCCCUUUGACCUUCUCUGCCUGUACUUUGAGUUCUCCGCCGUAUACAGAGUCAACCGCUUUAUCAGGAUUGAGUCCUUCUUUGACUUUAGUGAUCGACUCGAGAGCAUCAUGGCCAAGGCCUACAUCUGGAGAGUGAUUCGCACCACAGGUUACCUACUUUACGCCCUCCAUCUCAACAGCUGUGCGUACUACGUUGCCUCCAUGUACCAGGGUAUUAAGUCGACCACGUGGGUGUAUAAUGGAGAGGGAACGGCGUACCUGCGUUGUUACUACUACGCAGUCCGCAGUCUAAUCAACAUCGGUGGUCUUCCAGAGCCAAUAACCACCUUCGAGAUAUCUUUUCAGAUGGCCAACUUUUUCAUUGGCGUUUUUGUGUUCUCCAGUUUGAUUGGACAGAUGAGAGAUGUCAUAGGAGCGGCAACAGCGGGGAAGACCUAUUUCAGGGCAUCCAUGGAUGGCUGUGUUGACUACAUGAAUACCUACAAUAUCCCCAAGGUUGUUCAGAACAGAAUCCGGACCUGGUACAACUACACCUGGUCAGCUCAGGGCAUGCUGGACGAGUCGGAGCUGCUAGACAAGAUGCCUCUGGUGAUGAAAACUGCCAUCGCCGUGGACAUCAACUUGUCAACCUUCCAGAAGAUCGCAUUGUUUCAGGGCUGUGACCAGCAGAUGUUGGUGGAUAUGUUGCUGAGGCUCAAGUCAAUUGUCUACCUCCCCGGAGACUUUGUUGUUAAGAAAGGCGACAUCGGUAAAGAGAUGUACGUGAUCAAAAGUGGAGCGGUGCAGGUGGUGGGGGGACCUGACAACAGCAUCGUGUUCGUCACGCUGAAGGCCGGCUGCGUGUUCGGAGAAAUCAGUUUGCUACAGUCUGCCAAAGAUGGAGGAAACAGGCGCACAGCUAAUGUGAAAGCUCACGGCUUUGCGAACCUUUUCGUCCUGGAGAAGAAAGACUUGUUUGACAUCCUCAUCCACUACCCAGAGUCUCAGAAAGUCUUGGCCAGGAAGGGAAGGAAACUUACCAAAGCCAAAGGCCCUCCGGCUGCUAAAACUGAGGAGAAGCCGAAAGGAAACGCACUGUUUGCAGUAAAACCACCAACGCCGAAACUACUUAAAUUCAUUGGCAAUUUCCGCAAAGGAGCAUUUAAAAAAAGUGCUCAGUAGCAGAAAUGAGAACGGAUGCAGCUUCACUACUGUAUCAUUUUGCACACUUCUCAUUGGCUACUGGAAGGAAGGCCCAUGAGAAGACAGCAGGGGGAUUUGUAAUUUGAGUCAAAUAUUAUUCACCAUGUAAAUGUCUGUAGAUUCUAUAGUUUAUCUAAUCAGUGACUGACCAAAUCUGAUGGUUUAUGUGGUUUAAGUUUUAUUUUUGUAUUAAAAAAAGUGAAGAUGUUUACAGUAAAAGCACCAGCUAAACCAUUAUAACCAGCUUUCAUUAAAAGAAAUGGAUGAAAAAUG